ACAAGCUGGGUAGUGUAUAUAAAAUGGAGACAGGCUAUUAUAAACUACAGGACAGAGUUUUCUCUAGUCCACAGCUAAUCUGCUUUGCAGCAUUAUCUGGGAUGCACUUGGUGCUGUUUGCAGUCAAAAGUCAUGGUCCCUGGACUGCUUUUGUGGGUUGUCUGGAUUUCUUUACUGUUGGGUAGCAGUGUCCACACAGAUGUGACCCAGUAUCGACAAAUUCAUGACCGUAUGAACCUUGUGGAAGCAAAAGACUUCACAGACUCCCUGUCCUAUGAUGAAGGGGAGCUGAGUGACAAGCAAUCCAAAGUAGUAAACAAGGAAUACAAAAAGUCUUCAGUAACUCAGCCACUGAAACUGUAUUCAGUUGACCAAACUCUGGUUGAUAAGCAUCAUGGUAAUGUGGAGAGAAUUGUUAAUGGUGCUUCUAGACGAUGGGAGUCCAAUAACUUUGAGCCAAUCACAUUUCCUUUGAAACCUGUCAGCCAGAUGGACCAAUUUCAACCCAAGCCAGUUUAUGAGUCUCAGUUAACACCUUCAGUAGUUUAUGGAAACGGAAGGCCUGUCCAGUCCACCCAUUUGGGUGUGUCACCAUCUAAUGUUGAGUCUUGGCAGCUUGUCCUUCCUAGCAGUGAAGGGGCAGGUGAACCAGUUACUGGUCCUUUCUACCAGCAGCAAAACUCUGUCUCCAGUGAGAGUGCAGGUGACUCAACUAAAGCUGCCAGUCCUGGGGUUUUAGGAUUUCCAGACAAUGAUCCUUUCUCCUACGAGGGCUCUAAUAUGGUAGAAUUCUCAACUGGUAAAAUCCCCACUCAAAAGCAACCAUCUCUGCAAUAUCCACCAGCAAUUCCUAAGGAUUCUCAAAGUGAAUCUUGGACUCAACCAGAAUGGUUUGGGCAGGGUAAUGAAAUUGACAGCUCAUUUGACUUUAAUCUACCAAUUUGGGAUCCUUUUAAAGGACAAGUACCCUCUUACUACCCAAGUUGGCAUGAGUUUCCUUAUGCCUGGGGCUACCAGCCAGACAUCUCAAUAGGCUACAAAAAUGUCUUGACUCCUAGGCCUCGCUCUCUUCCUGCAAAAGCACCCGAACCACCCAGAGUUCUGCCACCUCGUCAAAGAUUCAUCGUUCAGUCAAAGAACGGCUACCAGCGACGAAGGCUUGUAAAAUCCAAAACCACUUACACACCAGACUACAUAGUGCCAAAGGGGAAAUAUGGCAAGAGAGUCAGUCUCUAGAACUGUGCAGGACCCCCUUGCUCCUCUAAAAUUCUGAGGAAUGCCAAGAAUGACCUGUAUCUGAGGAUUCUUUAUGCAAGCAAUAAAACUUUUUCAAGUGUUAA